GACUGGCAUAAUUUAAUGAUGAAAUGGGAAAGAUUGAAUGAUAAUGGAUUUACUACAGCAAAUAAAAUAGUCAACAUGAAAAUCAGUGAGCAAUUUCGGGACAACAAACUGGAGAUAGCAUGUGACAACAGUGCCACAGAAACUGAGAAGCCAGCUCCAAAAUACAAUGAAGAAAUGGACAAUUGCUGUGCAGAAUUACUUGAAACCUUAAAGCAUAUGACAAAAAUACAACUGAAAAUGGAAAAACUUACUUUGACUACUAAAGCAAUCUGUGAUUUGGAAGCAUUCCACCAUGGAGCUGGCAAUUGCACAGCACCCUUCUUUCAUACGUGGCCCACAUCUUACUUCUAUGAGGUUUCUCUGAAGCUCACUGAAAUGUACAAGAAGGAACUACAACUCAAGCAAACAAUUGUACAAGAAAUUGCUCAUUCUGCUGACCAGGAUCUGAUGAUGGUCUAUUUGUCAUCAUGGUUGUACCAGCCUUACAUUGAGAACAGCAGCAAACUACUACUUGAAGCCAUGCUUCUGGAAACAGGUCACAGACCAUGCUAGAAUUUCAGAUGUACAGUGGCUUGCUUCU